GCCCGAACGCUAUCACCGCCGUUUUCUCCGCGCAGCGCAGACUCGCAUAGCUUUGGCGCGGUCAGCGUUGAGUCAGCGCUUCGUGUGGGGAGGGCGCGCGCGCGACUUAUAUUAUAUGUCCACCGUGCCGCUGAGCGACGUGCGACCGCCGGCGCAGCGUGAUCAUUUGGUAUGGCGACGCUCACGUUCUCGCAAGCCCUCACGAGUCUACUCGCGGUGUGGGUGUUCUGGCGAGUAUCACGGAAGGCAUUGGCGACUUCGCCUUUGGAUAACAUCCCCGGACCACGUUCCGGUUCAUUUGUGUCAGGGAAUUAUGGCCAGAUGUACCAUCGGCAGGGAUGGAAAUGGCAUGAAAGACUUUGGCGCAAGUAUGGGUCCGUCAUCAAGCUGCACGUCUCAUUCGGCCAACCAUGCCUGUAUGUAUUCGACCCGACGACUCUGAGGCAUAUCCUUGCCCCUGAUCAAGGCGCACUCGACCAGCCUGGUUUCGUCGUUGACUCCUACCAACUCUUCCUUGGUCCUGGCUCAAUGUCUGCCACAGGCGAUCGGCACCGUCGAUGGCACAAGUUGCUGCACCCCGUUUUCUCGCCAAGGAACUUGCGCGAGAUGCUGCCCGUACUCUAUAAGACUACACGCAGGCUACGAGAUGCAAUAGGCAUGGAAGUGGGAAACGGACCAAAGGAGGUCGACAUCCUGAAAUGGAUGAAUCGUGGAGCGCUCGAGUCAAUAGGGCUUGCGGGGCUCGGCUAUGCCUUCGACGCCCUUGUAGAGUCUGACUCGAACAACCUCGCCAGAGCGAUCAAAGCCCUCUUCCCUGCCGUCUCGAAGCUCGGUAUUAUACAACAGCUCGCGCCUUGGCUGAUGAAGCUCGGGCCCUCCAGUUUCCGUCGACGCGUUGCGGAGGCCAUCCCGAAUGAGACAGUACAACAACUGGUUGAGAUAGUGGACACGAUCGAGAUGCAGUCCCGUGAGAUCGUCGAGACGCGGAAGGCGCUACUUGAGAAGGGCGACGCAGCGCUAGCAGGACAGGCGGGCUCUGGCAAGGACGUGAUUACAUUUCUGCUGAAGGCGAACAUGCAAGUGGCCGAGAGUGAUAGGCUGACGGAUGAAGAGGUCAUUGCGCAAAUAGGGACCUUUACCAUCGCCGCCACGGAUUCCAUUGGAAGCAUGGUCACCCAAAUGUUGCAUUAUCUUUCUGAGCACCUGGACGUGCAAGACGCACUGAGGCGUGAGAUAAUAGAGGCACGUAGAGGGGACGACACCUCGUUUGAAGAGCUCAUGAAGCUCCCCUUGCUGGACGGCGUUGUGAAGGAGACCCUACGAUUGAAUCCUGCUUCUACUAUCAUACCGCGAGAUGCAUGCAAGGACAUCGUAGCUCCGCUCUCGUCUCCGAUCCGGGGCGUUGAUGGACGGCUCAUGACGGAGGUGACAAUUCCCAAGGGCACUACCGUCUUCCUCGGUGUGCGUGCAUCAAACUGUAACCCUGCAUUAUGGGGUGAGGAUGCGAUGGAAUGGAAGCCUGAGCGAUGGAUGAGACCCUUACCGACUGCGGUGGCAGAGGCGAAGAUACCAGGGGUAUUCGGAUCGCUCCUGAGUUUUGGUGGCGGCGCAAGAACUUGCAUAGGAUUCAAAUUCGCCGAGAUAGAGAUAAAGACUAUACUAUAUGUGCUGUUGGAGUCGUUCAAGCUCACACCGCCGGGAAAGGACAUCGCCUGGAACAUUGCCACGAUUCGCUACCCCACUGUGGGAAAGGAGGGUAUGAAGCCAGAGCUACCUCUCAUCAUGACUCCCGUCGCUACGUGACCGACAUCGAGUACUCGUGUACCGUCCGAAUUGGGUCUGGCAGGCACUGUUCGGUAAUUUGACAAGAAUUUUGGAGGCGUGCACACGGACGUAUAACAUGAUCAGGG